GAAUCUAGCCCCGGAGUACACCUCAAUGCAAUUCCUCUACCACUCCAACCUCCACCUCGACGUUCUCAAGAAGAAGCUCAUUCCUGACCUGUAUAAUUAUGUGGAUAAGGCCAAGGAGGAAUUGGUGUAUGGGUGGGAGCGCGAUCUGCCGCAUACUGAUGAAUGGACUUUGGUUUCCAUUGAACAUCACCUGCGCAUGCUCGUGGCCCGCAUGACAGCCAAAGUCUUCAUGGGAGCCCCGACCUGCCGCGACCCGGACUGGCUGCGCAUCUCCAUCGACUUCUCCGUCGACCUAUUCACCACUGCCUUCACUAUCAAGAUGUUCCCGCCCUGGCUGUACGGAAUCGUUGCGCGGCUGGUGCCCGCCCGCUAUCGCACCUUCCGGCAGCUGAAGACUGGCCGCCAAAUCGUGGGCGAGCUCACACAGCGGCACCGUUUGGCCCAGGAGAAGCGACUGCGCGGAGAAGCAGUGGACGAAGAAGACACUUUACUGAACUGGAUGCUGGAUCAUGGUACUCCCAGUGAGGUCGCGGUGGAUGAGAUGGGCGCUCGUCAGUGCGUCCUGACUCUGGCCAGUAUCCACACCACUGCCUCCAAUGUUUCCAACAUGCUGUAUGACCUCUGCACUUAUCCCGAGUGGUUCGCUGAGCUUCGGGCAGAGGUUCUGGCGAUUGCUGAGGAUCUGGGUGGACCCCCCGGGCAGGAAAACCCUCCGAUCAGUGCUAAAGAGUGGUGUACUCGCUUGGACAAGUUGGAUAGUUUCUUCGUAGAAAGCCAGAGGCAUAGUCCUGUUCUUCUCCUCAACCCUCAAAGACUAGCCUAUGAAGAUAUCACACUAAGAGAUGGCACCCUCAUUCCCAAGGGUUCACGGCUCGCCUUCGCCAACUACGAGCACUCGAUGGACCCGGCAGUCUACUCAGACCCACAGGCAUUCGAUCCCAUGCGUAGCUACCGAAAACGCAUGGCCCACCCGGACCAGCGUGACCGGCAUAAGGCCGGCAUGACCCAUCCCGACAACUUGGCCUUUGGCUAUGGGAACCAGGCUUGCGCUGGCCGCCAAUUCGCCGUCGCCGAGAUCAAGCUGAUCAUGGCGCGGUUGUUGUAUGACUUCGAGUUCGACUUCUCCGCUGAUCAGAGGGCGCGAGGUCGUCCUCAAACACUCCAUGUCAAUGAGAAUUGUUUCACAGAUCAAGGGGCUAAAUUGUUGAUGAGGAAGAGAAGGCCGGCGAGGAUCACAAGCGAACAGCGCUCGAAUAUCAGCGAUGCGUGACACUCGAUGCAGAACCGACCUCCGUCACAAAGAUACCCAGGUCUAAGACAUAUGGAAUUACAUGGCAAGAGUAUUAAUACAAGAAGAAGUCAGUCAUCACAUGAUAGUAUUCAUGCAAGGCGGAUAGGAGUAGCGCCUCGAGAAGGCUAAAACGAUAGAAUAAGAACAAAUAGGAAGGCGUAUACUGGCCCUAUUAGAAGUAUAUGAACGCUCAAAUCAAAACAGAAUGCAACGGGCGCUGUAACGAUCGACUUGUAGCAGCAGUAGACGUAACGAGUGGUAUCAUGGCGAGAUUAAUAGUCCAUCACGGAGUAUCCCAGGCGGUCAUUUGUGUCGAGCACAGAGUAUUGUUUAGUCAAC